AUGGCAAGCGUGAAGUUAUUUUUGUUGACUCUUUCAAUAUUUGGACAAAGUUAUGCGGAUUACGUUGCUGCUGUAGUCGAGUACCAGCCAUUAUUCGAGUUAGAUUUAAUUGCAACAGUAGAAUCAAAUUUACAGCAGUUUGUUAAUUUUAUAAAAACUGCAAAAAAAGGAUCAGCCCAAAUAAUCGUCUUUCCCGAGUACGGCCUCACCGGCUGGUAUCCAAACGUUACGAAUGCUGCCAUCGAAAUUCCAGAUCCCCCAUCGACCACCACGAAUUCGCAUUCUUGGCUACAAAGGUUGUCCAACGCCGCUUUAACUCAUUCAAUCUAUGUAGCACUCAAUUUACUGGAGAAAUCGUACGAUGAAAACAACAAUAUCGUUUACUACAAUGCUGCUAUUGUUUUCGAUAGCCAUGGAAAACUGGUCGCUAAGUAUAGAAAAAUUAAUCUGUUCCGCGAAUCUUAUUUAACCCCAGGCGAUUUCAAUCAGAAUCAUAAUGUAUUCACUACAGAUUUUGGUGUAACUUUCGGAAUAUUCACUUGCUUCGACAUCGUGUAUUACGACCCGGCAAUUAGGAUUUUAAAUAAUCCUUCGGUAACAGAUGUUAUUUUUCCCACCGCUUGGCUAUCAAUCUUGCCAUUCUUCCACUCAUUAACAGUCCAAUUCGGAUAUUCACUGGCAAAUAAAGUAAACCUGCUGGCUGCCAAUAUUAAUAACGUUAAAUACGGAGUGGGAGGAAGCGGUAUAUACGGUGGUAAUGGAAGUGUUCUCAGUUAUUACAUUUCAGGAAACGCAGGGAGUAAACUUCAAAUUGCUACGGUUAAAAAAGUAGCUCCUGCCAAAAAUACCAAAAAUAUUAACCACCAACUAAAAUAUUUCGACAAUAAGGGGGCAAAUUUGAGCAACUAUUACUCAAAAAAAUACUUUGAUUUCAAGAUAUACACCUUCAAAAAAUUAAAUUUAUCCCAAUUGGUUAUCAAAGAAGACAUCUGUUAUAAGGGCUUCUGUUGUACAUUCGAAAUCUUUGUUUCCUCGAGUGGAUUAAAUUCAUCUGAAAUUUAUCAGAUAAUGGCUUACAAUGGUCCUGCAACAAUCGGGGAACCAGUGAACAUAAAAUUGUGCUCUCUCGUCGCCUGUGAAACGCCAGAUUUGAGAUCGUGCGGCAGUAGAAACACGAAUUUAAAGACAAACUUUACAUAUAUUUCUGUAGAAUUUAGUGUCCCUCGUGAUGAUGAAGGAUAUUAUUUGCCAGUAUCUUUAACUAAACAUUUAGCUCCGGUUUUAGAAUCUCGCUUUGAAACCAAUAUUAACGAAGGCAACAGAACUUCCAAAUAUUAUAUAGAGAAAACCAUUGACAACAUUAUCGCUUUUGGUAUAGCAGGAAAUGGAGCUCUUAGUGUGAAUGUUAAUUUAAUAAUGUUUGUAAGUUUCAUUUGCUUAAGUUCAUGGGUUUCUUUUUUAUGA